AUGACUGGACAAGGCGCAUCUGUCGGAGGAUCAGUUUCGGGUUACGGUGGUGCGCCACAGCGAUCUUUCGAAGACAGAGCAGCUCACCGAGAGCAAGUCAUGAACAACAUCCGAGAGACGUCACAGCAGGACCGCCGAGUCUACGUCGGCAAUCUGUCGUACGACGUGAAAUGGCAUCAUCUCAAAGAUUUCAUGAGACAGGCUGGAGAGGUUCUCUACGCCGAUGUUUUGCUUCUUCCGAAUGGAAUGUCGAAGGUGGGCGCCUACAAAAUUGUGGAGUAUGCAACGAGAGAGCAAGCUCAAAACGCCGUUGCGACACUCAGCAAUCAAAACCUGAUGGGCCGACUUGUCUAUGUUCGCGAGGCAACCGAACCUCGAUUUGGCCCUCCGAGUGGCGCUGCCCGCGGCGGAUUCAACGGUAGCCCCGCGAUGGCUGGAGGCUAUGGCGGCGGCCCCGGUUUCAACCCCGGAAUGCCCGGCGGCGGCGGUGCUGGAGGAGGAGCAGGAGGAGCUGGCGGCGGCCGUCAGAUCUAUGUUUCCAACCUACCAUACACUGUCGGCUGGCAAGAUCUGAAGGAUCUAUUCCGGCAGGCCGCCCGUACGGGUGGCGUCAUUCGCGCCGAUGUUCACCUUGGACAAGACGGUCGACCCAAAGGCUCGGGUAUUGUGGUCUUCGAGACCCCAGACGAUGCGCGAAAUGCUAUUCAGCAAUUCAACGGCUAUGAUUGGCAAGGCCGUAUGCUUGAAGUCCGCGAAGAUCGCUUUGCCGGCGCUGGUGUCGGCGUUGGAGGAUAUGGCCGCGGCGGCUUUGGCGGCGCUGGUCGCGGAGCCUUCGGUGGCGGUGGCUUUGGUGGCCGUGGAGGAUUCGGCGGUGGCCGUGGAGGAUUUGGUUAUCAAGCUCGUGGUGGAUACGGAGGUGGAGGCGGCGGACCUGGAUUCGAAGCCCCGGGUGGUGGUGCUCCAGCGGCACCUAACCCAUUCACCGACUUCGCCACCUCGGGCACUGAGAGAUGCGAGAUCAUCUACGUCCGCAACCUCCCCUGGUCUACGAGCAAUGAUGAUCUUGUCGAGCUUUUCUCGACCAUUGGUAAGGUCGAGCAAGCGGAGAUUCAGUACGAACCAAGUGGCCGAUCCCGCGGUACCGGUGUGGUCAGGUUCGACAGUGUGGAAACGGCAGAAACGGCGAUCACCAAAUUCCAGGGAUACCAAUAUGGCGGACGUCCGCUUGGCCUGAGCUUUGUGAAAUACACCACGCCCGGUACUGGAGACAGCAUGGACACCGAUCCUCUUGUUGGCCUCACGCAAGACCAGAUCAUGUAG